AUGGAGAGGAGCGAAAUGUGAGUUUUUUGGGGGGAAUUAUUGUUUUUGCGCGAAAAUUUAGAUUUUUAAAAAUAAAAAUUUGAUGGGGAAUUGUCCUCGAGAAGUACAAGAUCCAGAUUUUUCGCACUAGAAAUCAAAUUUUCAAAAAUGUUAUUGAAAAAAGUGAAAAAUUGAUGCCACGUGGCAAUUUUGACGCUAAAAAUCGAUUUUUCGAAUUUUAGAGCGAAAACUUGUCCUCGAGAACUACACAAACUUCAAAUUAUUGUAAAAUUUACUGCCACGUGGCAAUUUUACCGCUAAAAAUCGAUUUUUUAAAUUUUAGAGCGAAAACUUGUUCUCAAGAACUACACAAAUUGAAAAUUAUUGAAAAAUUCACUGCCACGUGGCAAUUUUGACGCUAAAAAUCGAUUUUUCGAAUUUUAGAGCGAAAACUUGUCCUCGAGAACUACACAAACUUCAAAUUAUUGAAAAAUUCACUGCCACGUGGUAUUUUUACUGCUAAAAAUCCAUUUUUCAAAUUUUAAAUCGAAAACUUGUCCUCGAGAACUACACAAUUCAAAAAAUUUUACAUUUUUGACACCGAAAAUAGUUUCUUAAUUAAAUUUUCAUUAAAAAUCACAAAUUUUUGGCCAAAAUUCGAAAUUUCGCGCAAAAUUUGCAUAUUUCUCUGCGUCUCUCAUCCACUUUUCCGCGAGAGAUAAAAAAGCGAAAAGUACACAUUUUUCACUGAUAAAAAAGGGGUCAACACACACAUUUGUUGUGAUUUUAUUUGUUUUCGCUUUCGCUCUUCAGCAAAAAUUAUUAUUAUUAUUUAUGAGCUGGGCAUCUUCGCAAUUAAAUCUAAUCGAUAAUGAGCAUUAUGAUGAAAAUCUGUGAGUUUAAACGUUUUUGGCUGAAAAUUCGCGAAAAAUGCGUUUUUUUGACCCCGAGAUCAUGAAAAUCGCACCGAAAUGAUUUGCGAAAUUCACGUGCGCUUCAGAAAAACGCGCGUGGCUCAGGCGGUUAGCGGCGCCUGUUUUCCACCCACAGGGUCGCGGGUUCGAUCCCCACCCGGUGCAAACUUUUUUUUGCAGCUCCGAAACCACCGAAAUCCUCUCAAAUCCCAAUGAUGACAGUUUCCCGCACCCGCCAAAUUUUGCGCCGCCAACAACACUCCGCCGUACACCAAUGGUCGGAUUCAUCACAUUCCUCGUCGCCACAAAAAUCACCACAUUUCUCGUGUACACCGUGUUGUUGAUUGUAGCCGAACUAUUUCUGCAUGUCUCGUUUUUCUGGACCGUUUUUGCGUUUUCGAUUGCUGAAGUUGUGCUGAUUGGCAUCACCGUGUUUCAUUUGGUGCAUCCGACGCUGAGUGAGUGGAAAUCGGAGGUGUAAAUGCGGAGCAUCGUUGUUUUCAUGAAAAUUGGUGUUUGAACGAUGCUCCACGUUUACACCUUCAAAAUACUGAUUGAACAUUUAGAUUUUCAAAGGUGUAAACCCGUAGCAUCGUUGUUAGAAGUUCUAAACUAUGCUCCGCGUUUACACCUUUAAAAAAUGAUGAAAAACUCUUUCUUGACCUGAAUUUUCAUGGUUUCUCUAGAAUUCUAGUCUAGAAGUUAAAAUUUUGCUGAUUUUUAAAGGUGUAAACGCGGAGCAUCGUUUAAAAUUGAAAUUUUCGAGGAAAACUACGAUGCUCCGCGUUUACACCUUUAAAAUUUGAUUUUUUAUUGAUUUUUCACGGAAUUCUGGUCUAGAAAUCAAAAUCCUAAUAAUUUUUUAAGGUGUAAACGUGGAGCAUCGUUGUUUUUGUUUUAAACGAUGCUCCGCGUAUACACCUGCAAAAAAUCUCGAAAAACUAGCUUUCUGGCCUAAAUUUUCGAGAUUUUCAUGAAUUUUGGGUCAAAAAUCGCGAUUUUUCUCCCCAAAAUUCAAAUUUUCAAAAUUUCAGCCGUCGUUUUUGUGAUAAUUGGCUCAGAAAUGCUGCUCGGAAUGGUCAAAAUUUUGUUUGCGAUUUUUUUGGAAUAUUUUGAUGGUGGCAAAAAUUGUGUGGAAUUGUGAGUUGUUUUUUUUUCUAGAUGCCACGUGGCAAUUUCAGCCAAAAAUCUGAAAUUGUUUUUUUUUCGUUUCAGGCAGAAUUGUGUAAUGCUGAAUAUAUCUGAAAAUGAGCGUUUCAGCCUUUUUUGGUUUUGCUCAAUUACUGCACUUUAUGACUAUUUUUUGGCGCUCAUUUUUAUUACGGUAGGCGAUUUUUUGGGUGAAAAAUUCGGAAAAUUCGUGAAAUUUCGAUCUAGAACACUAAAAACUACGAUACUCCGCGUUUACACCUCUAAAAACAUGGAAAUUAUGCAAUUUUAGUCAAAAAUGCAGUUUUCAAUGAAUUGUAAACGCGGAGUAUCGUUUGAAAUUCACGUUUUUUGUUGAUAAAUUACUGUCCGUUCGCCAGCGAAGGAAACGCAGGCAAACGCGCCCCAUUGAUAAACAGCACAUUUUUUUGCGCGGCGAUUCAAACAUGAAGUUUUUUCUCGGGGUUUUUUCAUGCAAAUUUCCAGUUUUUUAGAGAUCGGUCUACAAGAUUGCAUUAUUAAAUGAAAAUUAUGCAAUUUUCAAUACUUACAUAUUGUUUCCACUCAAAUUUUCAUCGUUUUUUGCCAAAAAACUGCGAAAAACAAUAAUAUUUCAGUAAAAAUUCUGUGAUUUUAUGAAAAAACGCAGUUUUCCAGUAAAAUAUACUGGAUCAAAAGUUUAUCAACAAAAAAAAAAUAGAAAAAAUUAUGAAAACUUGAAUAUAUUUGAAAAAAAUUGUGCAAUUGUUGAAUCAGUCGAAGAUAGUGGCGCCAAGUAGAAUAGAUGAACCUGAAAAUGUUCAGAAUGUUGCAAAAUCCAGAAAAUAAUGUUGAUUCAAGAUUUUAGAUGGAAAUUUCCAGCUUUUUGUUGAGUUUUAUACUGUUCAAACUUCAUCUAAUAAAAGUUAACUUUUUGUGCAUAUAAAAAUAAAAAUUGUUAUUUUUACUUGUCAAAAAUGAAAUAGGAUGUACAACCAGUUCAGAUAGCUAGCAUUGCGAUUUGCAAUAACAUUAUUUGAGUGAAAAGAACAGACUUUUCGAAGAUUUUCCAGAAAUAAAAACGUUUUUUGCACUUUAUUUCUAAAAUUUGUCAAAUCAAGCCGAAUGAGCGCUUAAGAUCACUUACCUCACUACUCACAUUGAUAAUCUUCCUGCUCCAAAUGCCACAUAAUCAAUUUUUCUUUCCGGCUGGCGAUUUUUCCCGAAAUUGUCAUAAAUCCCAACUAAAAUAAUUCAAAAUUGCGAUGAGACAGCUCCAAUAUUGAAAGGGAAGAUGCCCAAUCCUCCUCAAAUGUAUAUCUUUGCCUCUUUCUUAUAUAUUCAUACCAAAAAUCGACUUUCUGUGUAAAAUUGAGCCAAAAUCGUGCAAUUUUCGAACAUCUGUAAAAUCAAAAAAUAUGCACUUUGAACACUCUGAUGUACUGCUAACUUACCUAGAGAUGACAGAAAGUUCGAAAUACCAUUCGAAAAGAUGGGUUUUUCGACAUUUUUCGGUCUCGAAAAAUCCUGGAAAUUGAAAAAUUGCGUUUUUUAUCACUAAAAACUCAUAAAACAAAACAAAUCACAUGAAAGGUGAACACUCUACCCUCAUUUCAUCUAUCUAAAUCAAAAAACUCUGAAAAAGUCUCGAAAACAACUUGAAAACACAAAAAAAACGGAAAUUUCCGUUUUUUCAAAAACAAAAAAAAAUCGGGGCAGCAGAAAAAAGAAGUGCGAUGGGGCGCGUUUCCUUCGCUGGCGAACGGACAGUAGGAUACUCUGCGUUUAAGAAUUUUUAGCGCGAAAAUUUGAAUUUUCAAAAAAAAUACUUUUUUUCAGCAUUCUCCUCAAAUGCACUAUUUCGAAAGUGGAGAUCAAUAUCUUUUUUGA